UUGUUGAACACUGUGCAAUCUGGCAACCCGACAGCUGUUCCAUAGGGACAGAGGGAACGCGGUCUUGUUCACGCAGAGUCCGUUGUGAAGCGGACCGCUGUUGUUGCUGCUGCUAUCGCUGCUGCUUCUCCGGACAAUACCAAAGCAAAAGAUUAUUACAAUACCAGAUGAUUUAGCAUGUUCGUUUCGUUCGCAGUUUUUAUUAAACAUAUACGUUUUUAUAUCAGUUAGAUAGUAUAAGAAUUCCAGUACAAGUUUACAGGCUAUUAGGAAUUGCUUGUAGUUUAUUACGGUGUAUUGUUAUAUAAAGUAAACCGAUUUAUCAACAAAAACGGCUGACAAUAUCAAACAUUUGUAGGAAUAUUAAAAAAAAUAUUAUUUUACCCUAAAGACUGAAGUUUAUUCCGUGGAUAUUUCAACUGUAAUAUUCUAAAAAAAAAAAAAAACAACAAAAAAGUGUUGCAGCGCAGAAUUCCACCGAAAAGAGCUCAGCGGUUUACCGGACCAGCCUUCACCGGCGUCCCGGCGCCCAGGAGCGGCUUCGGGAGGUACGCGAGUCCCGAUGCUCCCGGCCUUCUCCACCCCAGCGGGCCGCAAUGGGGGAGACGAAAAUUAUCUACCACCUGGACGACCAGGAGACUCCGUACCUGGUCAAAGUGUCAGUCCCGGCCGAAGAAGUCACUCUGGCACACUUUAAACAAGUCCUCAAUAAACCCAACUAUAAAUUUUUCUUCAAGUCAAUGGACGAUGAUUUUGGGGUCGUGAAGGAAGAGAUAUCAGAUGAUAACACCAAGUUGCCAUGUUUCAACGGCCGUGUAGUGUCAUGGUUGGUCUCAGCCGAUGGCUCUCACGGUUCAGAUGGAGGUUCAGUGUGUGCAGAGACUCAGGCUGACCUUCCUCCAGUCGAGAGGACCGGCGUCAUUGGUGACUCCAGACCACCCUCCUUCCAUGCAAAUGCAGCAGGUAGUCAGGACAACCUGGACAAGGAGACAGAGGUCGACGUCGGGACGUCAGUGCGGAGAGACCGAGAGCGGGAGAGAGAAAGAGAGAGACCACGAAGAAAAGACACACAUGAGCAUGGAGGCAGGCUGAAUGGUCACUCUCGGGCCGAACGCAGGCCUGAGAUUGCGGGUUAUGAGACCUCCUCCACUCUCAUGAGCAGCGAGCUGGACACCACCAGCUUCUUCGACUCUGAGGAGGACGACGCGACCAGCCGCUUCAGCAGCUCUACAGGGCAAAGCACCUCAUCACGGCUCAUGAGACGACAUCGCCGGCGCCGGCGGAAAACCAAACCACCGCGGAUGGAGAGGUCAUCCUCCUUCAGCAGUAUAACUGACUCCACCAUGUCUCUGAACAUCAUCACCGUCACAUUAAACAUGGAGAAGUAUAACUUCCUGGGGAUCAGCAUCGUGGGUCAGAGUAAUGAGAGAGGUGAUGGUGGUAUCUACAUCGGCUCCAUCAUGAAAGGUGGAGCUGUUGCAGCUGAUGGACGCAUCGAGCCAGGAGAUAUGCUCCUCCAGGUGAACGAUAUUAACUUUGAGAACAUGAGCAAUGAUGAUGCUGUGAGGGUCUUGAGAGAAAUUGUGCACAAACCAGGCCCUAUCACACUGACUGUGGCUAAAUGUUGGGACCCAAACCCUCGCAGCUGUUUUACCUUGCCUCGCAGUGAGCCAAUCCGCCCGAUCGACCCCGCUGCCUGGGUGUCUCACACUGCUGCGAUGACGGGGGCGUACCCGGUGUAUGGACUGAGUCCUUCCAUGAGUACCAUCACCUCCACCAGCUCAUCCAUCACCAGCUCUAUUCCAGAGACUGAACGCUUUGAGGAAUUUCACUUGUCCAUUCACAGCGAUAUGGCGACUGUCGCUAAAGCAAUGGCAUCUCCAGAAUCGGGACUGGAGGUGCGGGACAGGAUGUGGCUGAAAAUAACCAUUCCAAAUGCCUUUAUAGGUUCGGAUGUGGUGGACUGGCUUUAUCAUCACGUGGAAGGUUUCACAGAUCGCCGUGAAGCGCGGAAGUACGCAAGCAACUUGCUGAAGGCCGGCUACAUUCGCCACACUGUCAAUAAGAUCACCUUCUCCGAGCAGUGCUAUUACAUCUUUGGAGACCUCUGUGGCAAUAUGGCUAAUCUCUCCUUGCACGAUCAUGACGGCUCUAGCGCAUCUGAUCAGGACACUCUUGCCCCCCUGCCCCACCCAGGAGCUGCUCCGUGGCCCUUUGCGUUCCCUUAUCAGUACCCCCUUCCUCAACCUUACAGCCCCCACCCAGUGCAAGAUCAAGCCUACAGCUCUGCAGGAGCAGGAGGAGGAGGAGGAGGAGGAGGCAGCGCUGGAAGCCCACAUAGUGAAGGGAGUCGCAGCAGCGGUUCAAACCGCAGCGCUAAUAAGCCUGGUGGGUUGGAGACAAAGUCGGGCGGCAGUGGUAGCGAGACUGAGAAAAGAGAGAAAGCACCUAGUGAGCGUUCAACAGUCCCACCUAGCGAGCACAGCAUCCACAGUACCCACAGCGCUCUCCCACAAGGUCAGAACUCAUCGUACGGACUUCCUGCGGCUGCCGUCCCGGGUUCUCCACAAGGCCGAGACCUGGCCUCGGUGCCUCCUGAACUCACGGCGUCUCGCCAGUCCUUCCGCAUGGCCAUGGGCAACCCCAGUGAGUUCUUCGUCGACGUCAUGUGAUGCACUUCUGGUGACUAAUAUACACCUGACCUUUCUGCGGAUAGAGAGAUUUCUGGAAAAUGUCCUAGUUACCCUUGCAAGUGGUGAAUCGAAAGGGGUACAGAGUGUUCCAUUGCAUUGUCCCUCCUUUGUCCUGUGGCUUGUACUUUCUUCAGUGAAGAAGACUGGUGUGGAUGGAACUUGUUUUCACUGUGUCCUGGGAAGGAUAGACGGAUAAGCUCGGAGUGGCGUGAAUACGUUCUGUGUGGUGUUUUUUGUUGUUGUUGUUGUUGUUGUUGGGUUUUUUUUUUUUUACAUUCUACAUUUCUGUCUUUUUUUUUUUUGCAGUUUUCUGACUCAAUUCAAUUUUAUUUCAUUUGCAUAGCGCUUUUCACAAAGGACAUCGUCUCAAAGCAGCUUUACUCAGAUACAAAAAAGCGAUAAUAUGGUUAUACAAAGCUGUAAUAAGGUUAUACAAAAGAAUGUGUAAGUUUAUUGCAUAUAAGGUAGUUCCUUAUAAUUGUUUAUCCUUCAUGAACAAGACAGUGGCGACUGACCUUGUCAAGAAACGACUACAAAAGUCAAAGACUACAAAAAAGAGACCAGGGAGAGGGAAGAUGGAGUUAGCACCACUCUCUGUGACUUUUGUUUUUAUUGAAGUGAAAUAAUUUCAUAACAAUUCAAAUCACAAGAGAUCCUAUCACAAGAAUCUAUAGACAACGCUUUUAUAUUCUACUUGUCUCUUUGUACAUUUUCUGUCAGUAAUCAUAUGAAGAGUGGGAAAGAGGGGGGAUUGUUUUCAUUACACUGGGGUCUCUAGGGUGCUAGUGCAUAGAUCCAGCCGAGACUAUGGUUGGGGUUGGGGGGGUGUAAGGUGUUUAAUGUAUUAGAAUAUGUCUGAGUUAACCCAUACUGUAUGUAGAAAAGCCAUGCCCUUGUGUACCAUUGGUACUUGUGUACCAAUUAUUUGUUAAUGCAGUUUUGACUUCGUAGUCCAAAAAUUGGAAACGUCCAUGUAUUAACACAUUAAUCGAUCCAAUGUUUUACUCUUACAACUGUACUGUAAUUUCUGUAAUAUCUGUAUGAGAUUGAUUACACUAUUACACUACACCAUGUUUAUUGGACAGUAAUAAUGAUGGACAAAUAGCAGUAGGAGAUUAUGUAUAUUUUAGAUAUUAUAUGUACAUUGGACCUACACCACAAAGACUGGUGUCCAUAGCAAACGUUUCGACCGAGACUGAGCCAGUGUAUUAGAAUAACCACGUAUUUUAUGGGUUGUUACCUAAAAUGGUAUUCAGACUGCACUUCUACAUUUAUUUGGUUGCCAGAGAGAUCGUUUCGGAUCCAGAAUAAUCCUUUGUUCAUUCUCUCACUCACUUUUUAUCCUGAUUAUGGAAAUAAUUUAAACCUAAAUUCCUGAUUGAAGUAAUUCAAACGUUUAAAGUUUGCUUAUUCAGAAGGAUUUUAUCCACAAAAAAGAAACCACUCGCUGUUAUUGUGUCUAAAUGAAUAUACACAAUUGUUUAUACAACAGAAAAGACAACGGAAAGCACACACACACGUGAUCCUUAUUUAAAAAUGCAGACUACUUUGUGCACUUUGUUUUAUUUAAAAUAUUUGAAUGAAUUUGAAUAAUAAUCUGACUUUAAUUUACCAGAAAUUAUUUGUUACGUUUUGGGUUGUUUUUUUUCCUUAACUGACUGAACCGCACACUGUACAGCAAACUGUCCCCUUCUUUGUCCUUCUCUUUCUUACUCUUCCAUCAACAGUGCAUCCCAUAAAUGUCUUGUUGUUUUAUCGAUAACAUUAGCAUCCUGUAUUUUUACAGUCUAAUGAUUCUUUGUAUUCCUGUAAACUUUUUUUUUUCCCUCCAAAAUACAUUUAUUACAGGUUUUAAUGAUUAGAAACUGAUGCUGUUUAGUAUCAAAUGGUUUAAUUUUAAUAAUCGCUGUACACUGUUUUAUGCCAAAACAAAUUGUUUUUAUUUAUAAACAUAGUUUUAUUGCCUAUAUUGAGUGUUUGGUGAAUUAAUUUUUUUCUGUCCAAAAUGUAGGUACAUAUUGUAAUGUAAUAUAUGGACGAUAUAUAAUAUAUACACACAUUUCCCAGUU